AUGCGAGCAUUUACAGAUCCGUCGUGCAGUAAUCAAUGUGAAAUCAUUAAUCGUCAGCUGUUGAACUCAAAAGACAUCACAUCAAGUGAACUGGAGCAACUGGGAUUGAAGCCGUUGGAAGAGUGGAAUGUCAGGACGUUGAACGGCAGGCCAGGACUGUAUAUCAUUCCUAAUGUUCUGAGAGACGACGCAGUUGAAAUGUGGCUUCGACGUGUUUUCUUGUAUGCAGAACCUCCUAAUAUCACCAAUCUUACUGCUCAUGGCACUAGCCCAAAAAGUGAUGUUCUUCGGUUAGCUGGUAAAUCGUUGAGAUGGACCACGUUGGGAGUCGCGUACAAUUGGGACACGAAAGAGUACCCAUUGACUGGGGAUCCUCUUCCCAAGGAACUCGUCCAGUUUGCAGAUGUCGUGACGAGGUAUCUUGGCUUAGGGACUAUGCAUGCGGAUGCGGCUAUAAUUAAUUAUUACCCACCAAAGUCGACACUUUCGCCUCACGUAGACAGGUCAGAACGAACUUCUGCACCGUUGGUGUCGUUCUCCCUUGGACAGUCAGCUGUUUACCUGUCAGGAGGCGACAUUCUAGUGAUGCAUGCUGCUCAGCGACUCGUUUACCAUGCUGUAGCAGCCAUUCAUAAUCAUCGUCAGUUCAGUUUCAGCGAUCCGCUCCUCGAGCAGUUCGCUAAUACGAGUCGAGUGAAUAUCACUGUUCGUCAGGUGAAUCCGGUGCCGUCAUAG